UCAUUGUCAUUGGAAACGGAUGAGGCAUCCGCGUCAUCAGGAUGAGGAGGAGGAGGAAGUGGAGCAUCAACAGCAGCAGCAGCAGCAGGAGGAGGAGGAGGAAAAGCGAAAUGUGCAGGAGGAGCUGGAACAGGAUCAGCAACGCAAUGUUCUGCGUCGCGUCCACGAUGCAGCCAUGUGGAGCUGAGGAUUCGGUUAAUCCAGAUUCAUAGCUGUACCACGUAUAUAUAUAUAUAUAACAUAUGCCCCCCGCCCCAUCCCAUUAUCACCGAAUUCACACACCACAAAACACAUCCAAGGGGGUGAAUCGAUUUGCGUAGGAUGCAAAAAUCAAUUUAUGAACAAUUCUAACUAAUUUCGCUGUGAAAACUUUAACGUUUUAGAGCUGCUCGUAACAGAAAAAGGAUUUAUUCGUUCAAAAGCCACAGGGAUAUGUCUUGUAUAAUCAAAAAGGCAUCAGGAAAUUAUCAACUUUAUGGGGGGAAAGAAAAUGGUAAUUGUGUAAUAGAUUUUUGCAAUGGGCUUUAAAACCAUAGAUUCUUAGGAAAAUUAGUUUUGAGUGACUUAUCAGCUGGUUUUUUAAAUAUCUGGUAUUAUAUUCAACAGAAAACUAUGCAUUUUUUUGUAAAUCUCCAAAUUAGAGUUCUAAGCUGACAUUUUGGACCUUCCCAAAGGAAAGAAAGAUUUGGGGGUUUUUUUUUUUUUAUAAAGAUAAAAAAAGAUGUAAAAUUGAUUUGAAUUGUAUCUAAAGUUUUCAAAGCCAAAUUAUUUAGAAUUAUUCAUAGAAGACUCUUCCAGAUUGUUCUUUUAAACUAUUUUGCAACGCAAACAGGUCGAGCCGCCCUAAUAUUUAUACAUAUAUAUUGCUAAUAUAUACCAGAACACAUACUUAUCCUAUAUGUCCACCAUAUAGACAAUUUGCUAUCUCUGUUGCGCUCGUGAUGAUCUUAUAACGUGAUCUUAAGUCUAAAUCAAUGUGUAAAAUGUAAUGUUUGUUUUUAACUUGCUUUCGUUCAAACCUUUUCUCCCAGUGUGUAAUUUGCCUCCGUUUCCGUUUGUUGUAGUUGUUUAUCUUGUCUCUCGCUCUCUCACUCUGUGUGUCUCUGUCUCUGUUGCUCUCGUGCCCUCUCUGUCACUGUCGCCCCGUCUCACUCUGAUCUGUUUAUACGAAGUGUGUACAAUUUUCGCCCCCACUUUUAGUGUAAAAAACGAAGAAAAUCUCAAAUGAACUUGUAACUUGAUGUGAAACACGAAUUGUUUAUUAUAAGUUUUAAUUUUUA